AACAACAAAGCCAUAAUACAACGUCUUUAAAAUAUUAAACAAGAUGAAAAUAAAUACUGAUGUUAAUAAUGUAAAAGGCAACGAAAUAAAUGAUUUGUCAAAUGAGAGAGCGAGUAAAGAAGCAGCUGAUAAAAGUGGAAAUGAAAAAACUGCAGUAGAAGAAACAGUUGAUUUAGACAAUGUUUUAGGCGAAUUCAAAAUACACGGACGUUAUCAUGUAAAGUUCAUGGUGCUUAUUGCACUAUUGGUGUUUACUAGUGGGUGGCAUAGCACCAAUUAUGUUUUUGUAGCUGAAAGCGUAGGCUAUACAUGCAAAUAUCCUAACUGUGAUGUAUCGGAGCUAUCCAAAUUGCGAUUGAACAGCAGUUUGGACCUAAAAUGCCAUAAAUAUGAGUUAAUAGAUGAUAAUGGUACUUGUAGUGAGGAUAACUUUGAUGAAUCUAUAUCUACGCACUGCGAUGAAUGGGUCUACGAUGAUCCUGAUAGUUUUGUUGCUGAGCUCGACCUAGGAUGCAAAGACUGGAAGAGGACUCUCAUUGGUACGAUGCACAGCAUUGGGUACAUGUUCGGGUUGUUUCUAGUCGGCCCUUUAUCAGACAAGUUUGGUAGAAAAAAAGUCAUAAUCACAACAGCAACGGCUUGUGCAGUUGUAGGCAUAUCAAAGAGUAUAACGUACUCAUAUUGGCUGUACGCAUUUGUGGAGAUGUUAGAACCAACUUUAGGAGACUGUUAUUCUGCCACAUUUACCAUGGAAAAUAACGUCAACAUUUCUUUUUUAGGCAUGGAAAUGGUCACUACAGAAGUCCGGCCAAUAAUUGUAUUGUUAAUAGGUUCAUUCGGAGUACUAGGAAAUAUAACAAUGGCCAUAAUAGCGUGGCUAUCUCCUAACUGGAGAAUCUUCUUGGUUUACAUUUAUGUUCCACAAUUUAUCUUCAUUUUUUACAUAUUCUGGAUGGAUGAGAGCCCAAGAUGGCUUCUGAGUAAAGGCAAGAAAACUGAAGCUGAAAAUAUUCUUCGAAAAGCAGCAAAGAUAAAUAGGAUCACAAUUGAAGAGACCAAAUUGUCUAAUUUGAAAUGUGAAGAAAGUUCAACGAAUACUAGCUUAUUGCCGUUACUGAAAAUGACGUUCACUUCUAAGAAACUGUUUCUAAGACUGCUCUGUUGCAUUUGUAUGUGGUUCACAGGACUAUUUAACGCGUACGCGCUUACCAUUAAUUCUGUGUCAUUGAAAGGGAAUAAAUUCCUUAACUACAGCAUCACAACUGGGGCUGGCUUACCUGCCAGUGUGCUACUAUAUUUCCUGCUGACCAAAUGUAAUAGAAAGAAACCAUUGAUAUUUUCUUUUUUAUUUACUACGAUUUUUUGUACUGGACAUUCGUUUCUUCCAUCAGGUUACACUUGGUUGUCCGUACUAUUGUACGGUGGAGGAAAUUUUGCAGUGUUUAUCAGCAUACGUAUCAUAUACAUUUACACAUCGGAGCUGUUCCCUACGUAUACUCGGAAUACAAUGCACGCGUUGUGUUCCGCUUUGGGACGUACGGGCGCUAUUUUAGCUCCGCAGACACCUUUACUAAUGUCCUACUGGCCAGGACUACCAUCACUGCUAAUAGGAGUCUUGUCGCUACUGACAGCAGUUGUAGUCACAUUGUUGCCGGACACAUCGCAUGACGUACUGCCUGACAACGUACGGCAAGCAGAGACAAUAGGCAAAAAGGAGAAGGAUUUCUGUGCCAAAUUGUAAUACGCGUAAGGAACCCCUUAAAUAAAAAAGGCUGGCAAAGUACUUAUAUUUCAAAUUAAA